GUUCGUACAGGCUCCAGCUAUGUCGUCCCCUCAUCUGUCAAUUUGCCGAAUGUUGCCCAUACCCAGGGUGGACGAGGUCCCGUUUCGGACAAGGAAGCCGUGGCCACGAUCAAACCACUGAUCGCGGGACGAGACCAGAUCCGCCUGCUCGUUGUGGGACACGGAUCGCGGCACAUCUUGCGCGUACCGGAGAUCCGCUUCGUGUGGGUCAAGUUCAGAGUCAUCAAUGUCCGGGUUGUGCUCGAAAAGGGUACAACUGGGUGCUCUUGGGACGAAGAGCCUUGUUUUAAAGCAGCUCGAGCGCUGAGAGGCGACUGUUCCAAGGCCGCGGCGUCUAAGGAGGGUCAGUGCCAAUCUCUUCUUGAGGCCAAAUUUGUAUUUCAACUUGUCGAGUUCGAGUCGAAGAUGUAAGUUGACCAGCCGUUUUUACGAGACGAUGGGCUCAAGGCUUCCGCGGUGUCAGCUUGGAAUGACCUCGUCCACUGCGGCCGGCACAUGGCGACUGAUGACUGGAACCCAUUCCCCGAGGUCAUUCGACCGCCGUUGAUGUCCACUUGUCACGUGGCAUCGACCGAGGAACGGGACCAUGUCUUCUUUCACGAGACUCUAUUGAGCGCGGAAUGCCACCACACUUGGAAUAAUUUCUGUAGAUGUCACGUUAGGGAUCAAAUCACGGGGCAGCGUGACGCAGUCGGACGAGCACGUCAAUCUAUGAGACACCCGAGUGAAGUUGGAUAUCGGAGUCUCUACUUGUCGCCUUGCUGCAUCGAUCUCGAAAGCAACCAGCUCGAGCAACCCGAUGGCGGGAUGCCCAUGCCCAUGUCUGUAUCAUGCUUUUACCCAUGGUAUGAGCCCACAUGCAACAAAGAAACCAGGCUUUCAAGCACGAAUUGCUGUCGGCUGCCUAAGAAUCUGAGUAUGGAACCGAUGCGGCGAAGGGUUGAAGAAGACAAUGCAUUCGUUGAGCCGUCUUUGUAUGACGAAACAGCGAAUCUAUAUAGGCGGCUGGCGCUACUUGCGGUGGGCGACAUAGGGGCGGAAAAGGCUUGCGAGUUAUGUAGGCUGCCGAUGCUGAUGCUCAACUACUUGCUGCAGCAGGCUUGGUCGUUAACGCUGUAGCUGCAGGCCGUUGGCUGGGACGCACUUCUGUAGCGCUGCUAGGCAGGGGUAUAGCGGCUGGGGGCAUCCUGCCGAAAGCGCUGCCGAGCUUGCUUGCGGGACCAGUGCCGUAGCCGAGUUGACGAGACCGCCGGCCAACCGAUUGCACUUUGUAUCCCAGUUAAGAGGGACAUCCGGUGGACAGAGCGGGAGUAACCUGCUCUGCAUCCCAGACAAUAUUCUUGCCUCUGUCGCUGAUGCCAGCACACAGAUGAAAGCGCCAAAGAACAGACGCCCGUCGGUCCAGAUAAUGAAGGCAUUGGGAUGACCUUUGAUGGAGGCAACUGUAGUUGAGCUGCAGCAUAUCGCCGCCUGCUGCGCCCACGGACGCCCAGCUGUGCCAUUUUAUCAAUAAU